AUGGACGGGUCUCCUGCCCUGCUCCUCCUGCUCGCUCUGGGACUCUGCUGCCCUGGGAUCCGUGGCCAGAUGUAUCAGAUGAAGGUCAGGUUUCGUGACAGCAUCACCCAGCUCCGGGUGGGACAGCGGCUGGAACUGCAGUGUCAGACUGACAGGGAUAGUGGAGCAUUCUGGGUCCGCCAGGACAGCAAUGGGACCCUUCACUUCAUUGUCUUCAUCUCUUCUGUGUCCCGAGUCACCUUUGAGGGGAAUCAGAGAACAUCCAGACGCUUCGAGGCCGGCAGAGACAAGAAGUUCUAUCGGUUGGUAGUGAAGUCUUUCACACAGCAGGAUGAGGGGAUUUAUUUCUGCCUCAUGAACAUCAACCAAAUGCUGUACUUCAGCAAUGGCCAGCCUGCCUUUCUACCAGUCACCACCACACCAGGACUCAUCACCCAGCAUAGCAUCACUGAAAAGGACCCCUGCAUCAAGACUCCAGAUCCAGAGAGAAAAUUGCAGGAAGAGCUGAAUUCCUUCUGUCACAUCUUCAUCUGGAUCCCCUUGACAGGCCUCUGCCUCCUGACCCUCCAGCUCCUGGUGAUCACCAUCGUGCUGCGUCAACACAACACUCACCACAACCCCCUCUAG